AUGACGGGUCGAUACUUCAACGGCCAAAAGAGUUUGGAGUUGCAGGAUCGGGUAUUGACACUCAUGGAAACAGAACGAGACACAGAGGCUGUGGUUCGUGAUGCGGUGGCGGCUGUGCGAGAUCGACGAGCUCAGUUGGAGCAGCAGUCAAGGGCCAAUAUCGGACGAGAGGAUGUCCCGCUGUUGCCUGUUGGUUCACGGGUAUGGUACCGUCUGCGUGGCAAGUCGCAUGACUUGUCCUCACGUUGGGGUGGACCUGUGAGGGUGUUGUCUGUGCAGGCACCUCUCAUGCACGUGGUUGAGAUGCCGGAUGGAUCUCAAAGAAAUUUCCUGCGGGCUGAAUUGAAGCCACAUGUGGAGAAACUUACAGAGCAAGAAGAACAACGCUCUGUGAUGCGUUAUCGACCGCAUGGACCGUUUGAAGACUGGUGA